AGCAAAGUCAAAAGUCACUACAUUUAGUUGUUUUUGCAUAGAUUGUACUGUUGGGUUUUUUUGCUCAAGUACAAAUAUAUUUUUUUUUUGCCUGCUGUUUAUCGAGUUUAUCGCUCUUGUGCUAUUACGUGGAGUCUUUAUUUGCCUCACACAAUUGGGAACAUCAAACAGCAUUUGAGUAAAUUAAGUAAACUUCUAGCAAAUAUGGAACAAAUUACUAAAGUGUGGUUAGGACCUUUGCCUGCCGAUUCGCCGUAUGUGAAACCAUUUCGCUUCUAUUAUGUCCAGAAUGGCAAGGAGAAAAAUUGGGAUUUGCUGAAAGUACAUGACAGUGUGUCCAUUGUUUUGUACAAUACGACGCGGCAGAAGCUGAUUUUUGUCAAACAAUUUCGUCCGGCUGUCUUCCAUGGCAUUGUGACCACUGAUGGUGGUAAUGUGGAUAAUGUCGAUUUAAAGAAAUAUCCACCAUCCUUGGGCUGUACCAUGGAAUUGUGUGCUGGUAUUGUGGAUAAAGAUAAAAGCUGGAAUGAUAUUGCCCGUGAAGAAGUUCUAGAGGAAUGUGGCUAUGAUGUACCCGUGGAGAGGGUAGAAGAAGUAAUGACAUACAGGUCUGGUGUGGGCUCCCAAGGUUCAAAGCAAAAAAUGUACUAUUGCGAGGUCACCGAUGCCGACAAGAGUACAAGUGGCGGUGGGGUUGAUGACGAACUAAUUGAGGUUGUUGAAUUGAGUAUAGAAGAAGCCCGUAAAAUGGUACAACAAGGCUCCGAUAAUAAUAGCCCACCCAGUUGCCUACUGGGCGUUAUGUGGUUUCUCAUGAAUAAAGCCCCAAAGCAAUAAGCUUUAACAGUUGUCCUCAACGUACGAUACUCUGUAUACCAAACUUAAAAGACAAAACUGCAAUGUCAGAGGCAAGCACCAAAAAAUGUUGUAUUAUUUUCAUUUGUUUAAAUAUUAUUAAUGAUUAAUAUUAUGUCUUUUGGAACUAUUCCCUUUUUUAAUAUAGGAUGGGUGAAUACUUUCUAUUGCAAAUUCCAACACAAUUGUGAUUUUUAAUAACAUGUUAUUACAGAAGAGAAUAUGGAAAUACAUAAAUCUAAAUGAUGACUAAAAUGAA